AAGUUUUCCCAUUUUGCGUGUCGAGGCUCCGUGGCGGCUGGGCUCGGGGCAGACGCUCCACCAUGGGGUCAUCAAAGAAGCACCGCGGGGAGAAGGAGGCAGCCGGGACGACGGCGGCGAACGGUACCGGGAGCGCCACGGAGCAGCAACCGCGACACCGGGAGCAUAAAAAACACAAGCACCGGAGUAGCGGCGGCGGCAGCAGCAGCGGUGGCGAACGACGGAAGCGGAGCCGGGAGCGGGGAGCCGAGCGCGGGGGCGGGCGGCGCGGGACCGAGACCGACACCCGCAGCGGUGCGCACGGGCGGGAGCGCAGCCAGGUCGAGCCCUCCGAGCGGCGCGUGAAGCGGGAGAAGCGCGAUGAAGGCUACGAGGCCGCGGCCAGUUCCAAAACCAGCUCAGGAGAUGCCUCGUCACUUAGCAUCGAGGAGACCAAUAAACUCCGGGCAAAGUUGGGGCUGAAACCCUUGGAGGUCAAUGCUGUCAAGAAGGAGGCGGGCACCAAGGAGGAGCCCGUGGCAGCUGAUGUCAUCAACCCCAUGGCCUUGAGACAGCGAGAGGAGCUACGAGAAAAGCUGGCGGCUGCCAAAGAAAAGCGCCUCCUGAACCAGAAGCUGGGGAAGGUAAAGACUCUGGGGGAGGAUGACCCUUGGCUGGAUGACACUGCAGCCUGGAUUGAGAGGAGCCGGCAGCUUCAGAAGGAGAAGGACUUGGCAGAGAAGAGGGCCAAGCUGCUGGAAGAGAUGGACCAAGAAUUUGGAGUUAGCACUCUGGUGGAGGAGGAGUUCGGGCAGAGGCGGCAGGACCUGUACAGUGCCCGGGACCUGCAGGGCCUCACCGUGGAGCAUGCCAUUGAUUCCUUCCAAGAAGGGGAGACUAUGAUCCUUACCCUUAAGGACAAAGGUGUGCUGCAGGAGGAGGAGGAUGUGCUGGUGAACGUGAACCUAGUGGAUAAGGAGCGGGCAAAGAAAAAUGUGGAGUUGCGGAAGAAAAAGCCCGACUACCUGCCCUAUGCGGAGGGCGAGAGUGUGGACGACUUGGCACAGCAAAAACCCCGCUCUAUCCUGGCCAAGUACGAUGAGGAGCUGGAGGGCGAGCGGCCGCACUCCUUCCGUUUGGAACAGGGCGGCAUUGCCGACGGCCUUCGGGAACGUGAGCUGGAAGAGAUCCGGGCCAAGCUGCGGCUGCAAGCUCAGUCCCUGAGCACCGUCGGGCCCCGGCUGGCCUCCGAGUACCUCACGCCAGAGGAGAUGGUGACCUUUAAAAAGACCAAGCGGAAGGUGAAGAAAAUCCGCAAGAAGGAGAAGGAGGUGGUGGUGCGGGCUGAUGACUUGCUGCCUCUUGGGGACCAGACUCAAGAUGGGGACUUUGGUUCUAGACUGCGGGGCCGGGGUCGGCGCCGAGUGCUUGAUGGAGAUGAGGAGGCCCAGGAGGAGGAGGAGGAGGAGAAGGAGCCUGUGCCUCAGCCCUCACAGUCAGAUGACACUCGAGUGGAGAACAUGGACAUCAGCGAUGAGGAGGAGGGUGGAGCACUGCCACCUGGGUCCCCAGAGAUGCUGGAGGAGGAUGAGGCGGAGCUGGAGCUGCAGAAGCAGCUGGAGAAGGGGCGCCGGUUGCGGCAGCUGCAGCAGCUACACCAGCUGCGAGACAGCGGUGAGAAGGUGGUGGAGAUUGUGAAGAAGCUGGAGUCCCGUCAGCGGGGCUGGGAGGAGGAUGAGGAUCCCGAGCGGAAGGGGGCCAUCGUGUUCAACGCCACAUCGGAGUUCUGCCGCACCUUGGGGGAGAUCCCCACCUACGGGCUGGCCGGCAACCGGGAGGAGCAGGAGGAGCUCAUGGACUUCGAACGGGACGAGGAGCGCUCAGCCAAUGGUGGCUCUGAGUCCGACGGGGAGGAGAACAUUGGCUGGAGCACAGUCAACCUGGACGAGGAGAAGCAGCAUCAGGAUUUCUCCGCCUCCUCCACCACCAUCCUGGACGAGGAGCCCAUCGUGAAUAGAGGGCUGGCAGCUGCGCUGCUCCUGUGUCAGAACAAAGGGCUGCUGGAGACAACAGUGCAGAAGGUGGCCCGAGUGAAGGCGCCCAACAAGUCCCUGCCAUCCGCGGUGUACUGCAUCGAGGACAAGAUGGCCAUUGAUGACAAGUACAGCCGGCGGGAGGAGUACCGGGGCUUCACCCAGGACUUCAAGGAGAAGGACGGCUACAAGCCUGAUGUUAAGAUUGAGUACGUGGACGAGACGGGCCGAAAACUCACACCCAAGGAGGCUUUCCGGCAGCUGUCGCACCGCUUCCACGGGAAAGGCUCAGGCAAGAUGAAGACGGAGCGGCGGAUGAAGAAGCUGGACGAGGAGGCGCUCCUGAAGAAGAUGAGCUCCAGCGACACGCCCCUGGGCACCGUGGCUUUGCUUCAGGAAAAGCAAAAGGCCCAGAAGACCCCCUACAUCGUGCUCAGCGGCAGUGGCAAGAGCAUGAACGCGAACACCAUCACCAAGUGAAGCCACCCUCCCUUCCGAUGUCCCCAACUUUAAUAUUAAAUAAAGUUCCUUCCUUAUUUUUUCCUCGCUGGUCAUGGUGCAGAUUCCAGGGUUAGACCUGGGAGGAAAGACAGGCGCUGCUGGGAACAUCGACAGCACCACAGGCAGGCUCAGUGGUCAGCUGUGUGACCUCAGGCAAGUCACUGAACCUCUCUGAGCCUUAGUUCUGCCGUUUGUACAGGAUGUCUUCUGAAGAUUAAAUGAGCUCAUUCAUUCAUUCAUUCACCUGGAAAUCAGGUGAGCAAGACCCCUCUGAGGUGGCUUAGAGUCUGGCCUCUGCAAGGUGAGACUUGAUCAUCAGACGAGACACGAAUAACUAAACAAGAUGAACAGAGAACUAGCCUGGAUCUUCUAAGACAGUCCUUCACCCCCACCCAGGGCACCAACCAGCAGAAGAGAAGCCAGUGGUUUAUCUUCUUAAUCCCCUGUCCACACCUCCUGGCCACUGUCGGAGGUCCCGCCUCCCUUACCUCUUACUUACCCUUGUCAGGCUUUCCCGUAAGAGAUGGAGGAUGUUUUAGAGACGUGGGCACCCGGGCUCUCCUAGCGUCCAGCGCUACACCAGCCGCUGCCCCCAGGGCCCGGGACUGCUCAGCCUGGCAGGGAAGGGACUGGGCUCUGCGCAGGAUGGAGGUGCCACCCCAUGGUCCUUGCACCCCCUUGUGUGUGGAGGAGAGAGCGCCUUGGGGCGGGAGGUCCUUACAGUGCCUCCCAGGACUGGCCCCAGGAGCAGCUUCGGCAGGGAGGGUGAGUCCUCCGAGUGGACUCCGAAGGCUUGAGGAGCUGCUGAGGGACGAGCCAGAGCCCUGGAAGGGAAGUGACGUGGCUCCCAUGGGUGUUGGACAGAACUGGCGUCCUGCCCCCACCUGCACCCAAAUAUGUUCCGGGUGGU